CCACUUGUGGCAUAUCUGAUGGGUUUUCAGUCUCCUCCCACUCCCUCCACGGUGCUGUGAUCCUUCCCUUUGGUAAAUGAGUUGCAGACUGAAGCCUGGGGAGAGGUUCGUCCAAAGUGGGGGAAGAGUCCGCAUUUGGUUACGCACGAACAUUUGGAUCUUAACACCUGCCUCAGCCUGAAGGUUCACCUGGUGUCUGCCCGCUCAGUGAAAGGAGCCCCAGUCUCUUCAGUCUUUCCUGAUGGUUAUAAUCUCUUAGUUAUUGACCUGCCAUAGAUGUUGAGAAAGAGAAAAUGCAAUCUUCUGAAGAUAUUUUCCCCACAUUUUUAAAAAACAGACCAGUCUCGAUAUAUUGGACUUGGCACACACUAUAAAUUGAAAAAUGAUCUAUAAGCUGAAGAGAAACUCUUUUUGUUGGCUUAUUCUGUGCCUGCUCCUGCAAGGAAUGGAAAGUUUUAUCAUAAAGAGUUCUGACGAUCAAUGCUUGGAGGCCUCUUUGGAGAGUGAUCGGGUAAUGAUGGACAGUUGUAAUCCGGACUCGCAGCUCCAAGACUGGGCGUGGAAACAAAAGCGGUUUAUUAAUCAGGGAACACGGAGGUGUCUUUCUGCAGACCAGAGUCUCCUUGUUCAGACUGUAGCUUGUGAGAAUGUGGCCAACUUAACGUGGACGUGCCGCAAACAUCGACUUAUCCACACGGCCACGUCCAUGUUUCUGAUUGCUGAGGGAAACGUGGUGUCUAUUUCUGAAGAAAGAAAAAAAAAUUCCAAGUGGAACUCAAUGAACAACACAGGCAUUUGCCAGAUGCUUUUACAGAGAAACCCAGAGACAACAUCAGCAAAGACUCAAAUGUUACUGGCACAAUUUGAAGAAACCCUUGAUGGGGUCAUCAGUGAUGGGAGACAGAAUGACACCCACGUGGAAGAAACUACCACAGAGAAACACCAGCCUUAUCCGAUAGAGGAUUCCACUAACUGGAACUAUGCUAUGUUGGCGCUUGCAUUCAUUACACUGUUCCUGGGAUUUCUUAUUCUGGUUUUAUGUUCCAGGGCAAACAAGAAGAAAAAGAUGAAGGAAGUGAAUGAAUUAAAGAACAGGAGUGCGACAGAAAGUGAGGCAUUGCAAAAGACGACAACACAAUAUGCAGAUGAGAUUGACGACCCUGCAGAAACUGACCAAAUGUUACGGACCAAGCAAGCCUACAUUCCCUUUGAGCAGGUGCCAAAGAGUUCAUCCCCCAAAAUCUCAUCCAAACCAGGAGAGAUCAUGAUUGAAUGGAAGGAUGGAAACAUAAGUUCCCUUUUCAUGGAUGCAAAAGAAGGUGAUAUGUAGAUCCCCAAGUUACAGGACUGAGCUUGCGAUGGAGAAUCUAUUUUUAAGAUGAAAAGAAUUAAUUUUUGUAAAAUAUUUUUAGCCAAUAAAAGAUCCAAUUGUAGAGGAGGAAAGGAUUAGUAAACAAAUGAGUCAGAGGUAAAGGACAGUUACUUAUCUUGCCGAAAGUGGGAACUGGUACUCCGGAAGGUGGUGGGACCACAAUUCUUCACAAUUCAUCUCAACAAUAUGGUCUCAGGUUUCAGAAGUACAAGCUCAAAAUUUUAUGGCUACAAAUUAGGGGAUAUAGUUUAAUGUGAGGAGAACAUAAACAUAUAUAUCAUUAGCAAAUGAAUUUCAAUAUAGGUAAGUGUGAGGUAUUAAAUUUUGCAGGACAAAUAAAGAAGCUAUUUACUGAUUGGUAAAGAAGAGGUUAAAUGAAAUGGAGAAAUAAAGUGAUACAGAUGUACAGAUACACAGGCCAUUAAAAGUAGCAAUGCAGAUCAGAAACGUCAUUAAAAUGUAGUAGUUCAAUUUGAGAAGGACAGAACUAAUAAAUGUAGAAGUUAUGUCAAACUCAGACCAAACUUUAGCCUUCACAUUAAGAUUGUUAAAUGGUUUGAUGGGGUAGACAGAGAAGAUGUGUCCACUCACUGGAAAGACCAAACCUGAGGCCACAAAUAUUAAGAGGUCUCUAAUAAAUCCAACAGCAAAGUAGUGAAAACCUCUUCAUCCAAAGAGUGGCAACUAGGUGGAGAUCAGUACCAAAAGAAAUAGCUGAAAUGAACAUUACAGGGAAUAGAUAGAUAAGGAAGAACACAAUAAAUGGAUAUAUUGAUAUGUUAGAUGAAGGCAUUGUCAGUGUGAAACUAAAUGCUAGCUUACAUGAGGGUUGGUUAAAUAGCCUGUAUCUGUGCUGUAACCACUAAGUAAUUAAUCUAGAUAUUUCCUACAGAGACAUUUAACCCAUGUCUGCUGCUGACUUGCUGCACAUAUAGAAGGGAGAUUAUCCUAUUUACCUUAAGUGGUUUAUUUUUAUAAUGUAUAAUUCAUCAUCAGCAUUAAAAGUAUUUAACCAGUU